AAGAGCCCAGACUUUAUAAAAUAGCCAGGCAGAGCCAAGCAGGAAGUCCUGACUUGCGCAUUCCUCAAAUGGCCUCACUUUCUGAUCUAUCCUGUGCGGAUAACCAUGGUACCUCGCUCCAGGGCUGCAGUGAGGACUCGAGCUAAUGCAUGUCCUAGAGCCCCAUCAGGUGAUGCCCCGCUCUUCUCAGGAGGACUGAAGUGAGCCACGCUUCUUCAGCCCAGGAUCUAAGCACAGCUCUAGCUCUCCCGGCAUGAUACCCACCCUCCUCCUGCAAAUGCCUCUCCUGCAGAUGGUGGCCCUUCAUUCUCAAGGUUCCCACCUGCUUCCCUGCUCUAUUUCCUCCUUAUCUAAAAUGCUGUUCAUUUCACUCUUCUGCAUGGUCUACCUUCCCCUGUGAAAGAUGAGUUCCUCCAGGGCAGCGAAUCUUGUUGGCUAGCCCAGCACCGGAAUAGCACCUGGCACACAGUAUGAGUGCACAAGGGAAUGAAUGGGUGCAGCGAGUGCUUUUCACUGCCUUGGCUUAGAAGCCUUCUGCCGUUCUUUCAAAUGCUUCUCCUGACACUGGGGUCCCUCAGCCUGACCCUGUCCACUGCCCUCUUCUGCACCUGCUUACAGCAAGCAGUCCCACAUCCCCACCCCUCAACCUCUCGUCCAGGGUCCCACCCCUACUGCAUGCCUGCUUCACCUCUCCACAGCCUCCUCUUUCUCAAGUCCAGGUUCAAACUUCCCCUCCUCCAGGAGGUCAAGUCCUCAGCCGUUCCUGCUUCGUUUGAGGUCCACGCUGUGCUUGUGGUGUCGCCUGCUACUGCACACACCCAUGCUUCAGCCGCAGUAGCGUUGACGAUUCUGAUGAUGGCACUGCCACAUUCCAGGCUCCAUGGUCCACGCCAUACACCUCUGGUCUCAGAUUCCUCCUCUCCUGUAAAUGACCACAGAGGAAGACAAUGAAUGAAGUGAAAGAAUCCCUCCGCGGCAUCGAGCAGAAGUACAAGCUCUUCCAGCAGCAGCAGUUCACCUUCAUCGCCGCGCUGGAGCACUGCAGGGAGAACGCCCACGACAAGAUCCGGCCCAUCUCCAGCAUCGGACAGGUGCAGAGCUACAUGGAGCACCACUGCAACAACUCCACGGACCGGCGGGUUCUGCUCAUGUUCCUGGACAUCUGUUCGGAGCUGAGUAAGCUCUGCCAGCACUUUGAGGCCGUGCACUCUGGCACCCCAGUCACCAACAACCUCCUCGAGAAAUGCAAAACCCUCGUGAGCCAAAGCAACGACUUAAGCAGCCUCCGAGCAAAAUACCCUCAUGACGUGGUGAACCACCUCAGCUGUGAUGAGGCUCGGAACCACUACGGAGGUGUGGUCAGCCUCCUCCCCAUCAUCUUGGACUUAAUGAAAGAAUGGAUCGCCCACUCCGAGAAGUUGCCCCGCAAGGUGCUGCAGCACGUGAGUGAGCCCCAGCCGUGCCAGGAGAGUACCAGGGGAGCCGCUCAUCCUGCCCGGGCCACAGGCACCCAGCUCGGGGCCACUAAACUCAAGUGUAGACCGCUCACAAAAGGCAGCCUCAAACCCAGGGGGAAAGACAAAGGACGUUCAAAACCACCCUGGAGGCCUCCUGGUGGGAAACUGUAACCCAGCAGGGCACCCCAUUGCUCCAUCGGUGGAGAGCUUUGCUAUUUAAUUUGGAUGUUACUGGUUGGUCCUUUUUCAUUGGUACCCACUGUUCCUGCCGAUUACUAACCCCAAACAGAAUCAGCCAAUACAUUACUGAGACCCGCCCCCCCGACCUCCCUCUCUGGCUUUAACUUCUAACGUUUCCGCUUCUACGUGUUAGGCUCUGUGCUGAUGAAGAGGAAACCCACUUACAGGAGCUGCCCGAACAGGGUGGCAUGGUAGAGGGUCCCAGGAAGGCACUGAACUGUCACCUAGGUCCUCUGUGAGCCACAUCUGGCUCCAGUGCCAGGCCUGUCCCUGCUGUGGGCUGCAGCUUUGCAGUGAGCCAUGUAGCUGGAGACCAUUGCUCCUUGCCCCUCCAACAGCCCCAACUGCAGUCACGGCACACGCUGUCUGCAAGCCAGGGAUGCACCCCUCCGGGAUGGAGAGGGGGUCGGCAUGUGGAACUCAGUGUGUUUAUUUUUAUUUUUUGAGAUAAGAGUCUUGCUCUCUCUCCCAGGCUGGAGUGCCGUGGCACCAUCUCGGCUCACUGCAACCUCCACCUCCUGGGUUCAAGUGAUUCUCCUGCCUCAGCAUCCUGAGUAGCUAGAAUUACAGGCACCUGCCACCCGGCCUGGCUAAUUUUUUUUUUUUUUUUUUCCAGUAGAGAUGGGGCUUCACCAUGUUGGCCAGGCUGGUCUUGAACUCCUGACCUCAACUGAUCUGCCCACCCCGGCCUCCCAAAAUGCUGGGAUUAGGUGUGAGCCAGAUCUCAGUGUAUUUAGUUCUCCAGACCACAGCCGAAGGGGAGCGAACUCACCUUUCCUUCUCGUUUACUUGGGAGAGGGAGACCAUGACAGAAUCCAGAAUUCCGAUUUUGUGGCUCCAGAGAAAGGGCAAUGACCUGGCUUUCACAGCAUCGUCAAACCCCAAACACUGUGAAAUGUGUCCCUGGCUUCUGAGCUUGCCCAGAGUAACGUCUGACUGUUGGUUUUUCCCUUCACAGGGGACGACUUAGCUUCUGUAUUGUUGCUUCCUCAGGGGGAGACAGUCGAGAAUAAAAGGUGUUCUACCAUC